AUGAAACAGCUCGGCACCAACCCAACAAAGAAAGAAAAGAAAAAUAUUUGCGAAAAUCGUGAACAGCACGCGACCCACACAACUAUAACUGUAAUCGACAUUUUAAUACGUUUUGCAUUCCCACUUUCUGGCGAGACUAGAAUACACGUGGUAGCACUUCAAACCAUUCGAAUAGAUUCUGACAUUGAAGAAAAGUUUAAAGAAUUUUGA